UUUCCGGUGCCAUAAAUCGAUCAAUUGGCAUUGCACUCGUCUUCCUUUCUCCCUACACACUGUCCAGUGCCUCGCUGAAUCCGAGGCCCCGUCGUCUGAGCUCCCAUCUGGUUUUAAGCUGGUGCCAAUCGUUCAUCAUCCGAACCAUGGCCUUCCGACUACCGGCGAGCCGGCUUUGCAAAGCCGUGGCAGUGCCGGCCAGCACAGUCCGACCAAUGCGAACCCCAGGACUCUCGAGGCAUACAUCACAAAAGCAGCUACGAUGGCUUGCAACGCCGACACCGCAGCAUCCCGAAACGCAAAAUGCUACUGGCUCUAGGGGCCCGACGGCUAUGGUGUUCCUGAACAUGGGCGGGCCAUCUACGACUGACGAAGUGGGAGACUUUCUCAGCAGACUUUUUUCGGAUGCCGAUCUCAUCCCCUUGGGACGGCUCCAAGGCUACAUCGGGCCUCUUCUCUCGAAGCGCCGGACGCCAAAAAUUCAGAAGCAGUACGCCGCUAUUGGAGGAGGAUCGCCAAUCCGGAAGUGGUCUGAGCUUCAAUGCGCGGAGAUGUGCAAGCUUCUAGACAAGAUAUCUCCCGAGACGGCGCCACAUAAACCCUAUGUCGCGUUCCGGUACGCCAACCCGCUCACCGAGGACAUGUAUGAGAGACUAUUGGCCGACGGCUUUGGCAAUGGCAAUGGCGGGAGAGCUGUAGCCUUCACGCAGUAUCCUCAGUACUCGUGCUCCACAACGGGGAGUAGCAUCAACGAGCUGUGGAAGUGGAGGCAGAGACUGGAAGGCAAGUCGGGGCCGUUGGAAGAUGGCAAUGAUGGCGCCAUUGAGUGGAGCGUGAUUGACCGGUGGCCUGUCCACCCGGGUCUUGUCGAAGCAUUUGCCAGAAAUAUUGAGGAGAAGCUGGCCGAGUACCCCGAGGAACGCAGGGACAAGGUUGUCUUGCUCUUCUCGGCGCACAGUUUGCCAAUGUCUGUGGUUAACAGAGGCGACCCCUAUCCUGCUGAGGUGGCCGCGACUGUCUACGCGGUGAUGCAGCGGCUCAAGUUUUCCAACCAGUACCGGCUGUGCUGGCAGUCGCAGGUAGGGCCCCAGCCGUGGCUCGGCCCACAGACAGCGACGUCGGUCAAAGAAUACAUUGCAAAAGGGCAGAAGGACCUCGUCCUGAUCCCGAUAGCAUUUACCUCUGACCAUAUCGAGACGCUCUACGAACUCGACAAGGAGAUCAUCAGGGAGUCGGGCCACGCCGACACAGUCAAGCGCGUCGAGAGCUUGAACGGAAACCCGAUUUUUAUCGAGGCGCUGGCAAACCUGGCCAAGUCUCACUUGGACAGCGGGAUCACGGCCUCGUUGCAGAUGGGCCUGCGGUGUCCAGGCUGUAAAAGCGAUCGAUGUGCAGAGUCGAAGAAGUUCUUCGCCGGGCAGCCAGCGUUGGCAGCGCCGUAAAGAGACAUGCACAGC